AUGCAUUCCUUCACUCUUCUCGUCGCCCUCCUUUCAGCAUCUUUCGCACUUCCAACACUUGCUUCACCAAUCCCUACCACAGGAAGCACAGAAUUGCGACCAGAAACCCAGAGACAGACAUACAAUGCCCGAAAUGCUGCUAUCAGUCUGGCCGUAGCGAGAUUGAGUGUUGACGUUGUAUCAGUGACCUGUGCUCUCAACGCAAUCUUCCUCGCAACCGAUCCAAAAUACAUCUCAGAACUCGCAGAAGAAACCAAGAACAGAGCAUCAGACUUCUUGAGUGUCCCAGCGCUUGGCUUUACAGAGGCUGCUACAACUGCGAACGACGUGCUCGUAGAGAACUUUGUCGGCAAAUCUGGCACGAUUGGGUAUCCACAGCCGGAAACUUUCUUUUGGAAAUUGCAGAGUAUCAUUGACGAGCCUACUGCCGCUGUGAGCAUCAAUAAUGCCGUGAAAGAAAUUGGAGCAAACAGAAACGCAAAUAUCUUGCCGAACAUCAUCAAUCUUGUGGAUGCUGCUCUGCUUGCUACACAUCAACUUCCGUUGAGUUUUGAGCAGAAGAGAGUGUUUAAAGGCACUUCUGAAAUCCAACGUCGCAAUGGAACUGCGGCCUAUUAG